AUGUUGGUGGCUAGAUCUUCCUCAAACUCUUGCGCAUACGGCAAGAUGAUUUCAGCAACUCUACUACUCUACGCUGUUAUUCAUUCGUCACUUAGUUGUCCCAGAACUCCUGAAAGAGUAAUCAGAGGUCGUGCUGUUAUACUCAGAGCAGUGCCGGGUCAGACCCCUACCGAAAGAAUAGGAGUCGUCCAUUUUACGCAGAGGAACGGUGUACUUAUGAUCAGGGGCAGGGUCAGAGGUCUGUCACCAGGACUUCACGGCACACAUGUUCACGAGAGUGGAGAUCUCGGUAACGGAUGUUUAGCUGCUGGCGCUCACUUUAAUCCCACCAAUAUGGUGCACGGUGGACCAACCGACGCUAUUCGACAUGUGGGCGAUCUUGGGAAUAUUGCCGCUGGAGCAGAUGGAGUUUCUGACAUUGACAUCACCGAUAGAGUGCUUCAAUUAACUGGAUCAAACGGUGCUGUCGGUCGAGCUUUCGUCAUUCAUUCUGAUGUUGACGAUUUGGGAAGAGGAGGCGCACCGACGAGUAAUACUACCGGGAAUUCGGGCUCACGUGUCGCUUGUGGGGUUGUCCGUCUCGUCUAA